CUUUUGAUUAUUUUGACACACUGAGUGGUUGGGAGGACUUGAUUCCAAAGCACAAACUAUAGCAUUUCAACGUUUGUAGCAGCAGUAAUUGCAUUAUUUUCUCUACUGCAUUUGUUCCUCUCAUUUUUAGCUCUCUCAAUCAACAUUUGGAUUUUAUUGUUAUCAUUGGAAUCAAGCGCUGUGGUUAUGGAGGAAGGGUACCGUGGGACUAAUGACACUGAACCCCGAUGAAGCGUAUCCAAUGAUAGAACAAGCAGUGCCACUUCUUCAUUAAGGAGGCGAUCUUUAAGUUUAUCACAUGUUUAGCCAUCUCAAAUAGAUGAUGACAAUGAAAGUGAAUCUGUCUCAGAGGCGGGAGAUAUUGGCGAUCAGGCUCUUCAUAGCAACAGGCAUAGUGACAGUGGCAGCAUCUGCUUGUUUCCUUCAGAGGACGUUGAACUGCAAUCCUAAGGAUUCUGGGGUCAUGAUCCUGUUACAUCGAAAAUUUACCCUGUCACUCCCUUGCCAAAGGAAAUCAUAUCUCCUCUUUCCACUGAUCAAUCAUAUACGUGGACAAAAAGCCAGAAAAUACAACAAGGUUGCCAAAAUUCUUGGAAUAUAAGCAUGACUAAUUUAGCAGUUUUUGGCAUUCUUGGGGUCUUGACGAAAUAUCUUCUGCAAAAAUUGUUUGGCCUGGGAGUUGUUGGUGUAACAAGCGACAAAACCAUUCUCUACCUUGAUCUUCCUUCUAAUAUGGUUGGCUCUUUCUUGAUGGGGUGGUUUGGUGUUGUUUUCAAAGGAGAUAUAUCCUAUGCGUCCAAUUAUUUGGUCAUCGGAUUAUCAACUGGUUACUUAGGAAGCCUUACAACCUUCAGUGGUUGGAACCAGCUCAGUGUUGAAGGACAUUGGGUUUUUGCUCUGCUCGGCUUUUUGAUAGGUUUGUUUCUUGCGGCCUACUCCCUCAUUUUUGGGGUAGAGACAGCAAAGGGUUUUAGGCAGAUUCUUGAGAGGAACUAAGUCUGUGGUAUUACCAGCUCUAGAAGGAGGUGGAGGGUUGACAGCUACAAGCGUCACUUGGUAGCUUUAGCGGUGUUAUUGCUGAUGCUAAGUUCUCUGUGGAGUAUAGGUGGAAUACAAUUAAGAGAGGAAUUUAACAGUAGCAGCGGCGAGGCGGAACUAUGGUUGGGUUGCAUAGUUGGACCUUUUGGUGUGUGGAUCCGGUGGUUCCAUUUGGUACUUUAAUUGCCAAUGUUUCUGCAACUUGUGUAAUGGCGGCCCUAUCUACUGUGAAAAAAGUCGUAAGCUCAUAUGAUAUGAUCUCUGUCCACAUCCACUCCAUGACUUCAUCCUCACCAUUACCUUUCGCGUGUUAUUGUCUCGUGUCCAGCAAGCUUACAGUUCACAUAUAUUUGUCAUAUUAUAAACUGCUAAUAUUGUUAUUUUUUUUUCUCGUCAAGGUUUUAAAAGCUUCUUGGGGAAUUCUUGAACUGUACUAUUUUCUAUUGCAAUGUUUUUCCAACUGCAUUACCUUUGUCAUACAUUGUCUUGAUCCAUGCCCACGGUUUUUUCCUUUUUAAUAGAAAAUCUGACGUGCAGAAGUAUUUGUUUGUGCAGGCGAAUACUAAGACUUGCGACAUUGUUGCAACAGGCAUACAAUUUGGAUUUCUAGGUUGCCUGAGUACUGUUUCUACCUUCAUUGCUGAGUUCAACGAGAUGAGAGAAAACAAAUACCCUUGGAGAGCAUACGCAUAUACCAUGGCUACGAUAUGCACCUCGUUUGGUUUGGGAAUCCUGAUAUAUUGUGUACCCGUUUGGACAAGGGCAUACAAGUAUUAGCAUGCUUAGGCCAUUGUUUUGAUGUUUGUUCUGUGGUUAUGCCUCUGGGAUCAUGUUUGCCUAACCCGCGCGGUCUUCAGUAGCAUGCUCAGGCCAUUGUUUUGAUGUUUAUUCUGUGGUUAUUCCGUGGUGCUUCUUGAGUGUGUAGCAGAGUCUUGCGGGAAAGACACGAAAUAUAUCCUCAUCUAUCUAUCUCCGUCCUCUCGUGAUGAUAGAGAUGAAGGUAUACACCCGGUUUCAUGUAACUUUCAGCCAUCUCGUAGAACUAUCACUAGACUGGGUUGACCAGCUGCAACCAUUGCUAUCCUUAACAUCGGCCAAGUUCUUAUCGUUCAACAGAUGCGCGGUCUUCAAAGGAAUGUUUUCUUAGAAUUGUAGUGAUGCAACAAUUGCAAAGAAGAAGGAUAGUAUGAGAGCUGAAAUUUUCUCAUUGGAUUACCAUCCUCACACCAAAUGCGUGCAAAGAAUAUAUUACCGUUAGAGGAGGAGCAUCACACUCUCUCACUCUAUCAGAUCAUAUAAAAUCAUC